AUGCCUUUGACCAGGCUUCAAGCUCCCCGACACCACACGGGUCUCCUCUGGGCGGUUGUCAUCCUGGGCCUGUGGAUCGCCCCAGCCAGUGCGCUUGCUCUCCGCCAAACGACCAUCUAUCUGCGAGACUUGGUCAACAUCUCGAUUGUUUUCCCUGGCGGCCACGUUGCCGACAGCACCAUGGGUAUUCCUUCCUCGUUCGGCCCCAAAGUCAAAACCAGGACCCAAGUAUCGAUCCAGUCCCUCUGGGAUGCGUGUGCACCACUGCCCACUGCCGACCGACUGGACCAGCAAGACUCGACGGGCCAACAAGACAAGUCGCUGGCCGACACUCGUCCCAAAGAGCGGGUGGCCUUGGUGCCGAUUGGCCCCUGUGCCUACGACGAGAUGGUCCGGAACCUGCAGCAGGCCGGGUUCGCCGGCGCCAUCGUCUACGACGCAUACGAAAGCAAGCGCAUCUUUCGCAUGGACAGUGCUGGCGAUACCUCCGACAUUCGCAUCUGGUCGCUGCUCGUCUCCUCCCGCUGGGCCCGUCGGGUCGACAUCUUGCACUCACUCAGCGUCUCCGAGUCCUGGCUCCAGGCGCAGCUGCCCAACUUUGACGACGUCGCAAUGACAUCGCUAUUUCGGAUGCGUAUCUAUUGCAUCUUGAUGGUGGUGCUGUGGGGCUUGACGCUGCUUCUCACCGGGGCCGUCUAUCUGCGAAACCGCUUGCUGUAUGGCGAGUUGUUCAUGGCCGACCAGGUCGAGACCGCCCCGCUUCUCCGUCCCGGCGACAUCACCAACCAUCUCUUCCAUCAAGAAUGCCUGGAGCCCUGGGUCACAAGGCAUACCGCCCAGUGUCCGCUCUGUCGAAGGAACCUCUUGAUGGUGGUAACCACGGCCUCGUAGGCGAUGGCGACGUUCAUCUCCCGAUCACUGAACGCCCGUUCCAUACCCUGUUCAGCCAGCCCCACAACCGACAACAGGCACGGAAAAGAGCUACUCUCGCUGUUUCCAGCACCCCGGGGUUCCCACGAGCCAGUGCGCCUCUCUGU